CUCCCGGACGUCAGCAGACGUCAGCGGUCCUCCCUCUCCGCUGUUGUGUCCAGACAUCACCGCCGCUCACAGCCGGACAGCAGAGCCUCUUUUCAGUCUUCUUUCUACCGCCGGACUCCGCCGUAAUAAAAAAAAAAAAAAAAAGGUUUUUCGAAUAUGGUCUGCGGCGGCUUCACCUGCUCCAAAAAUGCGCUUUGUUCCCUGAACGUGGUUUACAUGCUGGUCGGGCUGCUGCUGAUCGGAGUGGCAGCAUGGGGGAAGGGCUUCGGCCUGGUGUCAAGCAUCCACAUCAUCGGAGGGGUCAUCGCGGUGGGCGUCUUCCUGCUGCUCAUCGCCAUCGUGGGACUCAUCGGAGCCAUACACCACCACCAAGUCAUGCUGUUCUUCUACAUGGUGAUCUUGUUCAUCGUGUUCCUGUUCCAGUUCGGCGUUUCGUGCUCCUGCUUGGCGAUGAACCGUGGGCAGCAGGAGGUGCUUCUGAAGUCUGCCUGGGGAAUGUUGGAGAACAAGACCAAGACGGACCUGGAGAGCCAGCUGAACUGCUGCGGGCUGCUCAACGUCACCGGCAGCUACGCGCAGUUUGAACAGGACGUGCGAAGCUGCCCCUCUCCGUGCACAAAGGAAGGUGAGUGUCUGACCUGCGGGGAGAGGAUGUUGAAUCAUGCGACAGAAGCUCUGAAGAUCCUCGGGGGCGUCGGACUCUUCUUCAGCUUCACAGAGAUCCUGGGAGUCUGGCUCGCCGUGCGCUACAGGAACCAGAAGGACCCGCGAGCGAACCCGAGUGCUUUCCUAUAGUCUGGUCCCCCGUCGUCGGUGCAGCAGAUGCAGUUUCAACACACUGGUACAAAACACAGCAAAAUCAUGCACACGUAGAGGCCGACACUCAGGCUCACAAACACAACCACCGAACCACUAAAACAACACCGAACGGACGAGCGCACGAAGCACCCGACAGAGAAACCCUUCACCUGAGAAACAACCUGUCCAGACAUCCGGAGCUCAACCCGGAACACCCGGACACUCGUGUAUGAAAGGACGACUCGCGACAAAGGCCUCGAUUCGAGUUCCAGGUUUCCCGAUUGCGGCCCCGCUAUCUCUGCAUGACGCCCGCACAGACCGACCUCGUUGAUCUCAUUCCACUACCAAAUGACUUGUGCGGCAAAAAAAAUAACUUGUAUGCACCUUGAAAUUGUUCCUCUUUAAUGUACCACGAAUAUACUCCUCUGGUCAGUGCCGUCAGUGAUGUAAUCAUGUCCAGCUGAGGGGGAGGAAGGAGACGACGACGCAUACUGGACAUGUGGUGUAAAGUAGUUUUUUGGAUUGUAUGUGUAUGUUUUUUUGUUUUUCUUUCCGGAUGCCACAAAUGCCAGGAUUAGGAUGUAGAUUUUGUAGGUAGUCGCUCGUUCCAAUAUUUAUGAACUGUAACUGAGCCAACUAACUCGUAACAGUCAGCGAUGCCGACGGACUGCAGCCUCCAUGUUGUACAUAAUCUUUAAACGCCGCCGCCGCCGCCGCCGUAGUUUCCACAGGGUGUUAGUUUUCCCGCCUCUAGCUCGGAGGCUUCGCUUUGCAGGCUCCGCCGGCCUCCGACCCUUCCCGUAAUUUAGACAUUUCCGUGACGUGGCUUAGUUUAGACUAGAGUGGGUUCAGGUACGUCUCGUUACCUCCUCCAUGUAACUGGAAGUAAAUCAAACAAAGUGCUGAAAUAAUCGAGUGAAUUUGGCCAAAACUGCUUCUCGCUGAUUUAGUUUUUAUAGUGUUAAUUGUGAGAAUGUGCGAUUUAUUCUUUUUUUUUUUUUUUUUUUUAAUAAUUUGUGAUUCCUUUGUGGAGUUAUUUUUUGUUCAUCAGUGUUAAAAAGCUUUGUAAAAAAAAAAUAAAACAAAAGAACUUGUUAAAUAUUUUCAGGAUCUAUUUAAGUUGUACGAUGCACACGAAGCAGAUGUUAUGUUGUAGUUUUAAUGCUUGACAUUUUGAAGUUUCCUGUCGAUAAAUAACUGCUCAUUAACUGUCUUUUAAGAUGUUUUUUUUUUCCUCUUUUGAACUGCUUUUAACUUAAAGGACUAACGAACUUGUAAUUACAUGUCUUACUUGAACUUGUCACCUUUUGCUGAUAUGGAUUUUUCCUGCUGCUGGUUCUCGUUGGUUUGAACUAAACUGAUCUUAAGCGUUAUUAUGCCAUAUAUCACACCUCACUUUGAAUUUGUGUGCACUUGUUAUUCAAAUGUAUCUUGAAUUUUUGAGACUUAAUUUUCCAAAUAAAAAAACCUCAAAUUAAACGUU